GAAACAGAAAGAGGUUGUUCGUGGCAGGCUAUCGUAUUGUCUAUACUUUUACUUGCGAUUGAAUGCUCAACGUAACAAAUUCGAUCGAGCCAGAGGCUUUACUACAUACUAUUUAAGUGGACUGAAACAUUUGAUCGGAUGGCUAAAACCGGUAAAACUAAAAGAAAGUAUGUCAGAAAAAAUGCUGUGAACAAGAAUGUUGUGAAUGUGAACGAGAACGCUCAAUCGGCAGACAAUGGCGAUAGUCAUCCCGAUCCCGGCGAACUUUCCUUUGAGGAUACGAAAACUGUAAUUGUAAAGUAUGAGAUGGACAUUGAACCGGACGACUGUCCGGUUGCGGAAACGGUCGAUGCGUCUCAGUACGACAGUUCGCUUGAUAUAAAACCAUUCGAUUUGGAAGUACAGCAACAGCAGUUUGCGCCGGAAGAAAACGGUUUCACGUGUGACAGCUGUGGAAAGACGUACAAAAGCAAAAUUUCCUUGGUGCGGCACAGCCGCCAGCAGCACACGAAAAAGCAUCGUUGCAAGUUAUGUGGUAAAAAAUAUAUUUUAUUAACGACUCUUCGUAUACACAAAGCUCGCUGUAAAGGAAAUACGAAAUAUCCGUGUAAAGUUUGCGGCAAAACCUUCGCAAACUAUACGAGCCUCACGUUGCACGAAAAUAUUCAUGCAGGAGAGCUGCAGGUGCUAUAUAACUGUGAUUUGUGCAACAAAGGUUUCUCCACUCCGGAAGCGCUGGCGAUUCACACCCACAACGAGACCAGUGGGCUGCGGCAUGUUUGUGACGUUUGCGGAAAAGGUUUCAAUGUGCCCACCAAAUUGAAACGCCAUUCUUACGUUCAUACGGGAGAAAGGCCCUACGAGUGUACCAUAUGCUCUAAGGGAUUCGGUAGCGUGUCCAAUCUGAACACACACAUGAUAAUACACACCAACGAUAGGCCCUAUAAAUGUGACAUUUGCGGUAAAGGUUUUCAAAAUCUAGCUGUUCUGAAGAAGCACUUCGGUGUGCACACCGGAGUAAAGCCACACGUGUGUACGGUAUGUUCUAAAGGAUUCUUCAAUCUAAGUGAGCUGGUGCACCAUACAAACGUUGAUCACAGUAAAAAGCUAUCCAAAUGUCACCUUUGCAGUGCGGAAUUUUCCACUAAUCACGACCUGAAAUUACACAUGGCGGAAAGCCACAAAGACUACCAUCGGUUGCAAUGUGAGAUCUGUAAGAAGAUAAUGGGAACCGCGGUGUUGCUAAACGAGCACCGUCGAGUGCACGCCGGUGGUGAGACAUUCACCUGCAAGCUUUGUGAACGGGUCUUCAAGAGCGAGAAAUGGUACAAACUGCAUCAGACCUUUCACGAUCAGCCGGACACCUGUAAGGUGUGCGGCAAAAGUGUACAGAAGGGAAACCUCGAACGGCACAUACAGUCUACCCAUCUUACCGACCAAUGGAAACAUCCCUGCGCGCAGUGUGGCAGGCGCUUUCGACGGCCCUCCCACUUGAAGGUGCAUUAUGAGAAGUGUCCGAAACGGAAGGCUCAGCUGGCGGAACAAGAUAAAGUAAAAGAAGAGCAAGAAUUGUAAAUAAUUAUAACGACUAACGAGGAAAAUUAACCGAUUGCAUGCAGAACAUAGCCGACGUAGUAUGUUCUCGUGUUGAAUUUAUGCCAGAAGUAAAAAAGCAAACACUUAUACGAGUAAAAGUUUUACCCCAGAACCGGUGGUGUUUAACGUAAAGUAAAAUGAAUCUAUGGUUGCUGUGAUUACAACCAAUUGAAGCUGAAUACUGACGAAAACUGCUUGAAUAUUCCAGCGAAACUACUGACAUCAUAAAAAAUAGAUAGCAGGCCAUGCGCUGAAUCUAACGCAUUGUGCGAAGUUGCUGAUAUUAUUUAUAUGCACGAAUCAUGAAAAGAAAAGUGAAAUAUUUUUGUUUUUGUAGGUACGAACACGUAAAUUUCGUGUAAUGACGAACAGACGUAAUUUUUUUUUAGUUUUUAGCUCUUAUUUAAAUAAGAAAUUUAUUCACUUGCUUAAGAUCAC